AUGGCCUUCGCAACAUUUCCUGCUGGAGUGCUAGAGAUAGGAUGCUGGAUGUACGCUAGUCAAAGACAAGUAGCACGUUUGAGACUGAAAUUUCUAAGUGCAGUGCUAAGACAGGAUAUUGGGGCAUUUGAUACAGAGUUAACUACUGGCAAAGUACUUACUGGCAUAAGCAGCCACAUGUCACUCAUACAGGACACCAUCGGAGAGAAGACGAUCUCCCAGAUCAGAACUGUAUUUGCUUUUGUUGGAGAAAAUUUAUCAAUCAAAUCCUUCUCAGAUUGCAUAGAGAGACAAAUGAAGAUAAGCAAGAAAGAAGCAUUUAUAAAAGGUCUUGGAACAGGCACGUUCCAGACUAUAACUUUCGCUUCGUGGUCUCUUAUUGUAUGGGUGGGAGCUGUUGUUGUAACAGCCAAGAGAUCAACAGGAGGAGAUGUCAUAGCUGCAGUUAUGAGUAUUCUGUUUGGAGCAAUAUCACUUACGUAUGCUGCACCAGAUAUACAAAUCUUCAAUCAAGCAAAAGCAGCAGGAAAGGAAGUUUUCCAGAUGAUUGACAGAAAACCCACUAUAGAUGCCGACUCCGGAGGGAUGACAUUUGAAGUAAUAGAUGGCAAUAUCAACAUACGGGAUGUACACUUUGCUUAUCCAUCACGGCAGGAGAAGUUAGUUCUUCAAGGGUUUUCUUUGUCAAUUCCAGCAGGAAAAGUAGUGGCACUUGUUGGAAGUAGCGGGUGUGGUAAAAGCACCAUCAUGUCACUACUAAUGAGAUUUUAUGAUCCCGUGAGAGGUGAGAUUCUCCUUGACAACCACAACAUCAAAGAUCUUGAUUUGAAGUUUCUUAGGAGAAACAUAGGAGUAGUUUCGCAGGAGCCAUCUCUAUUUGCUGGCAGCAUCAAAGACAACAUUAAGAUGGGAAAUGUUAACGCAAAUGAUCAACAGAUUGAAAGAGCUGCCUUGUUGGCAAAUGCACAUUCUUUCAUAUCCCAGCUACCGGAUCAAUAUCUAACAGAGGUAGGGCAAAGGGGUCUCCAACUAUCAGGUGGACAAAAACAGAGAAUUGCAAUAGCAAGAGCAAUUUUAAAAAAUCCUCCUAUUCUUUUGCUUGAUGAGGCCACCAGUGCACUUGACACAGAGUCAGAGAAACAAGUUCAAGAAGCACUGGAGACAGCAGCACAAGGCAGAACAGUCAUCUUAAUUGCACACAGAAUGUCAACUAUUGUAAAUGCAGACAUGAUAGCUAUUGUUGAGGAUGGGAAAAUUGUGGAAACAGGAACACAUAAUAACCUCUUAGAUACAAGUAUAUUCUACAACAGGCUAUUUAGCAUGCAGAGCAUCACGCAAGAUUGUCAAACUAGGUCAGAUUAA